AUGCAUAACAGCUGUUUGGAUAAUAACAACUCGUACAUGGAAUGGAAGCCAAACGAGAAGAUAUACAAAACCAUAAUACAGGCGCUGGAUUCCUCAUGCAACAGUUCGAACAACAGUGUCCAAAUUGAGGUGACCAAAGUUUUGAAAGACCUAAACGAAAAUGUACCAGAUGCAGCUCUCUACCAACUGCAGAUCUUCUUGAACAAACAGGAGAAAAAUGACGUAAGGCAAGUAGCAGGGUUGUUGCUAAAAAAUUAUAUAAACUCAAAAAAUAAAUUUUUAAAUAACGAAAUUUUAAAAAUAAUAAAAAAUGAAAUUUUCAAGCUGGUGGAAGAUGAAGUUAAAGAAAUAAGGAGUACUGCAGGUUCUGUAAUAACCACCAUAUUGACAAAAUACGAAGGGAUAGAUAAAUGGCCAGAAUCAUUAUACAACUUAUUGCUACUGAUUGAAAGGGGGAAUAAUGAUGUAGUGGAUGGAGCCUUCCGUGCUAUAAUAAUCAUAAUUGAGGACGAAUUAAUGAAUAGAAAAAAUGCAGAUUCUUUUUUCUUCCAAUUUUGUAAAACCCAAUUGUUACAAAAGUUAUUUGCAUAUUGUGCGCCACAGGAAAAGAGUAUAAAAAAAAAGUAUGCCGCCGAAUGUUUAGAUUUGUUUAUAACAGCAUCUUGCUUCACAACUAAUGGAGUGUUCAAUGAUUAUUUCCCGCAGUUAUGGGAAUGCCUAGGAUUUCUAGCCUCCGAGGAGGACACGCAAAUUUUAAAAAUAGUAGUAACCUGCAUGACCGUCAUCACGGACACAAGGUACUCUUCCAUAUUUAACAACCUAGAUGCGAUCAUACAAUUUAUGGUAAACGCCACAAAUUCAUGUGAUAGGAAGGUUCAGUUAGAGGCGCUAGAAUUCUGGCCCGUCUUUAUAAAAGAUAGAAGCUACAUUGCCUACUCCAACUACAAUAAUAACAGCAAGACAAAUGACAUGAACAAAGUAGACAACAACUACAUAGAUGAAAAUGUGUACAAGAAUAUAAACGAGUUACGAAAUGAAGCGUUAAAAAUAUUAAAAAAUUAUUUGCCAUAUCUGUGUAAAAUAUUGGUGGACAACACGGUGUAUACUAAAUGGGAUUAUCUAACCAUGGAUGAGUCCCACUUCCAGAAUGAUAAUGCUAAUGUGCCGGACUUGAUCCAGGACAUCUCCCCAGAGAUGUACAACAAUAGUAGUAAAAAUAACGACAUGAACGCGCAACAAGUGCAGGAAGAAAUGAAAAUGAACAAAAUGAAUAACACCGACAGUCAUACACACAUGGGGAAUAGUAACUCCCCCAAUGGAAAUAUGAACAGUAACAAUUUAAAUAGCAUGGGAAGGAGCAACGCGGGAAUGAUGCAACCGCAGGAUCAAGCAAAUAAUGGCGACCAUAUGGAUGACUAUACCGAUGAUGAGGAUGAAAAAAAUGACGAAAUGACGGCCAGAACGUGGGGUAACGAUUGGACCGUAAGGAAAGGAGCUGCUUUAUGUCUCGAUUAUCUAUCCAAUGUGUACAAUGACGAAAUAUUGGAGUUUAUCCUACCACACAUAGAAGAGAAACUAAUGAGUGACAAAUGGAACAUAAGGGAAAGUGCAGUACUAACCCUAGGCGCGAUAGCGAAAGGGUGCAUGUAUAGCUUAUCCCCAUUUAUACCCAAAGUGUUAGAAUAUUUAAUAAAAUUGUUAAACGAUGAGAAGCCCCUAGCGAGAAGCAUCUCCUGUUGGUGCGUAACUAGAUUCUCAUCAUGGAUAUGUCACCCAGACAAUUGCGAUAAAUGGUUUGAACCAGUUUUGUUAAAUCUGUUAAAAAGAAUUCUUGAUACAAACAAAAGGGUACAAGAAGCAGCUUGCUCUUCCUUUGCCAAUUUAGAAGAAGACGCGUUGGAUUUACUUAACAACUAUCUGCACGAAAUUGUCCACACGAUUCAGCAAGCCUUUCAAAUAUAUCAAGCGAAGAAUUAUUUCAUCCUCUUCGAUGUCGUAGGCACAUUAAUAGACAGUGUGAAUAUUGUUAAAGAGAAUAAUGACUUGGCCCACGAAAUUGUUAAUUCGAUUUUAUCCAAGUGGAACACCAUACGUAUAAGUAGCCCAUAUAUUAUAGCCCUAAUGGAGUGCAUGUCCUGCAUUACUAGUGCCUAUGGAAAGGAUUUUUUAAAAUAUGCAAAAAAUGUUAUAAGGACGUGUAUCAAAUUUCUGGUUCUACUGUACAUAGAUUUAGAAGAAGAGAUAAAAUAUUACUACAGUAAAAAGGCAGGCAAUACAAAUUCAUACAUGGUUAAUAGGAACAACAUUUCCAUGACUGCAAGUGAGUUGCUAGCUUACUACAAAAUUAGUAAUGACGAUUAUUUUAACACGCUUAAAGAUAUCGACUCCAUUUCUCCUUCCAAGAAAAAAGACCUUAUUGAAUGCAGCUUUGAUUUAUUGUCCAGAAUUUUAAGUGUUAUUAAUUCGAAUAUUAUGAACAUUAUAAGCGAAAAUGAGUUUAAUUUUAUCCCCCUUGUGCAUAAAUAUUGCCUAAAGUUUGAAAAUAUCAAAUUUGAUGGGGUGCUAAAUAACAAGCUAAUGAUGAACCAGGGCUUCAACAAGAUGGUCUUCUCCCCGGAAGGAGGAAACCCCUCUUCAUCGUCAACCACGUCGAUCGUUAAAAAUGGAAGAAUAGUAAUUGGGAAGGAGGAACAAAAUGACGAGCGCACAGAAUUGGCAAAACAUUUUUUAAAUUUUGGCAUACUACAAUCAAAUUUUGCCCUCAUAGGAGAUAUUUCGAGAUUUUGCGCCCAAUAUUUAAUACCCUACUUGAAUGACAUUAUCCCCUUUCUCAUUGCACACAUUGCACAUCCGUCUACGCCCGUGUCGAAUAAUGCCAGCUGGGCCAUUGGAGAAAUUAGCAUACACAUUAACCCGCAAUACAUGGAGGUGUACGUGGAUGAAAUAAUUAAACAGCUUAUUUACAUUUGCCAGAAUUCAAAGUAUCACGGCUGCUUGCUACAAAAUAUAUGCAUAACCCUAGGAAGGUUAUCCUCCACCUAUCCCAAGAAAAUCAUUUUCUAUUUCCCCCAGUUUUUAAAAACGUGGUUAAAAAUUAUGUCACAUGGGACACAGGAAAAUGAAAAAAUUAAUUCACUCAAAGCUAUUUUGGAAACGCUCUACCUCAAUCUAGACAUCGCUGCGGAAAACUUACAGGAUAUUACUUACAUCAUACUUAAGUACAAGUACGUAUCCCAAGAUGUCAACAAUUUUUUUCACCAGUUUUUGGCCACCAUGAAACAGAAGUACCCCACUCAGUGGAAGGGAAUUUACAGCUCCACCAGCGACUCCCUGUCCUCCCCCAUCCCCAGUGACAUGUUGAGCGAUUUGAGCGCACGCUUUAAUUUAUAG